AAUUAAAAGACUGGUUAGUUAGAGUUGCAUGAAAAUAUGUCGACAGGGCCAAUGCCAAUGCCAAUGCCAUGUGCUGCUUGCAAGCUUCUCCGCAGGCGUUGCACCACUCAGUGCAUAUUUCUACCUUAUUUUCCACCUUCUGAGUCUCACAAUUUUGAAGCUGUUCAUCGAGUCUUUGGUGCCAGUAACUUGACUAAAUUGUUACAAAAAAUUCCAUUUGACAGGAGAGAAGAUGCAGUAAAGAGCAUGGUGUAUGAAGCAAAAGCAAGGGUGAUGGAUCCAGUUUAUGGUAGUGUCGGUCUCAUUGCCUCAUUGCAAAGCCAGGUUUUACAUUUGCACGAUGAAUUGAUUGCAGCUACUGCAGAAGCUACAUCACUAAGAGUCCAACUCUCUCAAACCAUGUCUCUUCAAGGUCAUGCAACUAUGGACAUACAACAACCUCUCCAUAGUUCUUGUGACCAUGAUUUCUCAAUUUAUGAUAUUGGGUUGCAGGAAGAAAUUUGAUCCUGCAAUUUUUCCUGUUUUAAGAUUGGAAGAAAGGUCUCAAGGUUAGCUUAGUAAGGUCAAGUUGUGUAAGUUUCGCCAUGAAACAGUACUUAAUUAUCAUUAUUGGUUGUGCUAUUUCUUAAACAAAUCUGGCACAAGGAAUUUGUAUCUAUAUCUGCAAAUAUAACAUGAUAAGUACUAAUCAGGAU